AUGGCAGAACAAGAACAAACCAAACAGCCUCUAUGCCCGGUUAAGAUCCAUUUUCCGUACAACACGAUCUUCAUGAUCAUCAACUUUGUCUUCCUCAUCGUCACGGCCUUCUGGUUCGUGACCAUAAGUUCCGUACAUUUCAGGACACGGGACUGCAACAAAUACAUCUCUACGCCCGGAAUCUUCGUCAGCUUCUCCUUGUUGGCGAUGUCGCUCAUCGGAUUCUACGCAUCUUAUUUCAGAUCCGACUGUCUCUUCCGAAUCUACUUCUUCUUGCUGUUCUUGUGGAUGUUUGCCCUAGUUUCAGCUUCAACGUUUUUCGGGCUUCUUAACAAGGAGACAAACCCUAAGAUCUUUCCCGGAACUCAGAUCAAAGAGUACAAGCUCGAUGAGUACUCGGGUUGGGUCCGGAGAUUAGUCGUCAAGGAAGACGAAUGGUAUCGAAUCAAGAGAUGUCUUCGUUCGGACAAUGUCUGCAAUGAGCUAUCAUCGACUAAAAACAUGUCUAUUUCCGCUUUCUAUAACAUGGACUUGAACCCUAUAAAGUCGGGCUGUUGCAAGCCACCGCUUUCAUGUGGAUUUGGAUACGUAAAACCAAAUUUCUGGAACACAACCACGAAAUAUAAUUUUACGGAAGCAGAUUGCAGAAAAUGGAACAACGACGUCGAAACUUACUGUUUUGACUGCGAUUCAUGUAGAGCGGGGAUCAUUGCCAGUUUGAACGGGACAACGCAAUCCAUCGGGAGCUCGAUUGCUCAGAUUAUGUCUACUUUCUUUGUCGGAUAUUUAGGUUGGUUUUCGUGGUUAAAAUCUCUUAGAGAAGUUCAAAUAAGCGAGAGUAGAAAUACAAAGAAUUUGAAUUUCUAA